UACAGAAAUUGCUUGUGGUUACUGGCCACAGCCCUUUACCAUUUCAUUAUGAGCGCAAGUAAACGAUCAGACAACAGCAAACUACCUAUUUUAACCAAAUCAACAUAAUAGAUAUAUUAUUUAUCCCAAUGUUUACUUCUUAGACAUGGACAUCUGAUCCACACCAUCUUAAUUUAUCAAUUAUUACAAGCUAAUUACGUUUUUAUCCGCGAUUUAUGUAAAUUACACAAAAUGUAUCAUUUCGUAGUCAUAUUAUAGAAAUCUGAGCCACAUGUGAUGGUUUUCGCCAUGCAAAUCACUGGCAGUGUCAGGAUACUUCGUCGCUCCGUCUAACGCGAAGCCCUUUUUUGAGCUGCGCCCAUCCGAGAGUCUUGGGGCAGCGCUGAGUUCGGCACAUCUGGGGAGGAUUUCCUGCAACAGCUGGCCGGCUGCUGUAAAUGUCGCAGACUCUCAUUCUUUUUGAUCAGCACGGUGAUUCUUAUGGAUACUUCGUCUGUGUUUUCGGGAAAAUUGGACUAGUUCUUUGACGUUCACUUGCCAGCAUUAUCUACGCACCAGCUUUGAUGUCACAAGACGAAGAAUGGCUCUGUUGAGAAGAAUCAACUGGAUCCUCCUGACGCUGCUGGCCCUGAUAGUCUGCACCAUCCUGUACAAGGGGGUGCACAGAUCUCAUCAGCGAUCGUCUCACAUAGGCCCCGUUCCCUCCCCGGUCCCCCUGGAUGUCAGGCAUGAGGCGUCGGAGGUACAGGGCAUGAUCCCGGUGGUGAUCUGUGCGGCAAAGGAGCGCGUGGGCACCACCAUGGCAACCAUCAACAGUGUGAGCGGGAACACGGAUGCCAGCUUGUUGUUCUACAUCAUCACCCUGCAGGACGCCGUGCAGCACGUGAAGGAUUAUAUAGAAAACUCUGCUCUGAAGGACAUCAAGUAUAAGAUUGUGGAGUUCAACCCCAUGACUCUGAAAGGGAAAGUGAGGCCUGAUUCUGCCCGUCCAGACCUCCUCCACCCACUAAAUUUUGCGCGUUUCUACCUGCCACUGCUCGUCAACCAGCACAAGAGGGUCAUUUAUUUGGACGAUGAUGUCAUUGUGCAAGGUGACAUCCAGGACUUAUACCAGACCAGGCUGGAACCAGGCCAUGCAGCAGCCUUUGCCAGCGACUGUGACCUACCAUCCACUCACGAGAUGGUGCGCAGCAUCGGAAUGCAGACGACAUACAUGGGCUUCUUGGACUACAGAAAGCAGGAAGUGAGAGACCUGGGAAUCAACCCCAACGACUGCUCCUUCAACCCCGGGGUCUUUGUGGCCGACGUCGAGGAGUGGAGACGGCAGAAGAUCACCAAGCAGCUGGAGAAAUGGAUGCAGCAGAACUUCAGGGACAACCUGUACAGCAGUGCAAUGGCGGGUGGCGUGGCCACUCCGCCGAUGCUGAUCGUCUUCUACAGGAAAUACACAGCCCUCCCGCCACUCUGGCACGUCAGACACCUGGGCUGGAGUCCCAACACGCGCUACCCAGAGAGAUUGCUGGAGGAAGCCCACUUACUGCACUGGAAUGGACGGUUCAAGCCUUGGGACUACCCAUCUGUACACAGGGAGCUUUGGGAGAAAUGGUACAUUCCAGACCCCACGGAAAAGUUCCUACUGGUACGACCCAACAGAUGAGUGUGUCCUUCUGCUCCACUUGGCAGAGCUGAGCAGCUCAUCUGCCUAUAGUUGCAAAAGUUAAUUCUCUCCUUCAGUUUCCUUACAUGCAUUCAGAAAACUCGGGGGAAACCGGCCCGUUUUCGGAGAACAUGAUGAAGGUUGUUCCAGUACAUCUGUAGGUUUCAGAUAUAAAAACCAGCAGACAAAGAUCACCAAUAACGGUUAGAUUUUCUGAUUAACACCGAUGUGCUUUGAGCUCCUGCAUUUCCUGCUCCUUAUUUGGGUUACAUGGACAAACAGAUGGGACGUCAGUAUAUUUCCAAAAGUUUAUUAUUGUUCCUAGUUUUUGAGAAAGUGUUUUAUACAUUACAUCACUCUGCUCAUGAUGUACACAAACACACGACAGCUGCCAUUUUAAUUCCAAGCACCAUUUUCAAAUUCGGCACACAGGAAGUCCCCAUUGUAACAACUGGUGGCAAGAUGAACUGGCAUCCCCACUGCCAUAGGGCUGGUACUCUGUCUAACCUCAGAAACAAAUACCUGAACACAAAAGCGCUUAAAAAUAAACAUACAAAAGGGCUACGAGGCCAGUGCUUUACAUCUACAUUGUUCUGCUAUAAUCAGAUCUCAGCAUGACCUUAAAACUUCCAGUUGAAAUGCCUUAAAAACAUGACCUGCCGAUCCGCUGCCCUCAGCCACAUCCAUCCCACCUCCCUGUGUCCUGCGUCUGCCGGGUUACGGAUAUCACUCAAACUGCUUAAAACAUUUGGUCAUGCUUUCCUUAUGAACCAUAAUUCAUUUACACGGACCCCAUAUUAUAAAAAAAAAUCUUUAAAAUUUAAAAAUGCCAAAACCCACAGAAUGCUCAGUUUUUACACAAAAAAUGUCUUCACCUAGCAUGAAAUACAGAUAAAAUGUUGAGGGAGGAAAGACGGCAAAACAGUGCAUCUCAGGCCGUAAGAAGGCUAAUUUAGGUGUUCUUACUAAAUUGCAGUGAGGGCAGAGCCUGCGUACAGUCAGAUGCACACUGUAGCAUGCAGUGCUCCCCCUUACUGUUAGCACACGGAACAGGAACUUGGUUAAUGCCAUGCUCAUUUUAAAAACCCCCGUUUCGAAAGGCACUGCAUUUUUCCAUCCAUUUUUAUGUCUCGUGGAUUCAGGUACUGUGCACAUAAGGAAGGGCUGCCUCUUCCUGUCAGAAACUGUGAAUUAACACAACUGUAACAGUUAAGGAAACACUUGUGGACAUCGCAGAAAUACCACAACAUAAAUUAAGGAAUACGCAAAACUUCCAAGUUAGACGAACUGCACUGCAGUGUGACAUCCUUGUGCUCUUUGAGGUGUGGGGCCAUUUCUGUCCCGGCAGACAGAACGAGAUUCCCGUUUCCCCACCACACAGGCAUCACAACCAGGUGGAGGAUACGAGAGCAUUAAACGGAAAAGCCAGCUAAACGUUACUGCACUGCUGCAGUACACGUACCAAAGAUACCAAAAGAAACCAUUUACAUACAGAAUUAUGUAAUGAUAUUGUAUUAUAAAAGCUGAGUAUCACACAUUACUGUAAAUCCCUGAUCAAUUCUGGUAUGAAAAAUAACCUUAAAAGGAAUUCUGUCAGCAGUGAAAUUGCAACGUGAAUGAAAUAGCACCUUGCGAAAAAUGUUCUA